UUGAUUCCUUAAUCGCAAUGUUCCACUUUUUUAAAUUAAUGCCAAUAUCUGAUAUUUGAACAUCAAAUGAAAAAUAAUGCAUAUACUUCAGGUAUUUGUUGGUGGACAUGAUGUGAGGUCAAGUUUGUUUAAUUCCUUUGGUGUCAUGGGGUUCUGUCCACAACAUGAUGCGCUAUGGGACAGUGUUACUUUAAAGGAGCAUCUGCAGUGUUUCUCAAACAUUAGAGGCAUAAGACCUGAUGAAAUCAACCCUUGCAUUGACUUUUACAUGAACCACUUUCAGCUGAAUGAGCAUGGUGAGAAGCGCUCAAAGAAAUUGUCGGGGGGAACCAAAAGAAAGUUGAGUUAUUGUAUAAGUAUGCUGGGUCAGCCAAGAUUUGUUCUCCUGGAUUAACCAUCUA